AUCUUUUUUUAAGGCUAGCUAAUCCAAAUUAACACUCUAUUAACAAGAUUCCAUGUCAAUUAUUCGUGAGACAUAGCAUGCAAAACAUUACAAAAUGGAUGAGUUUGAGACAAAGGUGUAGGUAGUAGUGUUUACUAAAAGUGGUUAAGACAUGGCGAUGGUGAAGAGAAGCAUUGGUGUUUGUAAGAGGCUUUCUGGUUCUUCUUCUUGUUUGAGCACUUCAACUGCAACAAGUGAUAAUGAUAUUGCUCGGAGGCUUCAGCUUCCACCAUUUGAUUACAAACCACGGCCAUACAAAGGACCUUUGGCUGAUGAAGUUUUUGCCAAACGGAAAAAGUUCCUUGGUCCUUCCUUGUUCCACUUCUAUCAAAAACCUCAAACUGAACUAAAGCAGAAGAAGCGCCAUCCAUGUCUCGGCUUCAUAAGUCAACAACAGGUCAGCAGCAACAGUUUCAUUCCCUACACCAAAUCCUGUCCCCAUACAUGUCAAGUGUUGUUGUAUCCGUUUUAUUAUGGCAUGCCAUUGCUGUGCUUUUGCUUUCAAAUUUGGCCUCUGCUGAGGGCAUUGAGGCCACAAAUGGAGGCACAAAACACAGAGGUGAGGUGAUCUAUGUCCACAAUGGGGCUGUUGCCACUGAUGACGGUAGAUGCUCAAGGAUUGGGAAGGAUGUUCUGAGAGAAGGAGGGCAUGCAGUGGAUGCAGCAGUGGCUUCUGCCCUUUGUUUGGGGGUUGUGAGUCCUGCUUCAAGUGGCCUUGGUGGUGGUGCCUUUAUGCUUCUCAGGUUGAAUAAUGGGGUGGCAAAGGCUUUUGAUAUGAGAGAAACUGCUCCUGCUCUUUCUUGCAAGGAUAUGUAUGCUGGAAAUACUACUUUGAAGGCCAAAGGUGGCCUAUCUGUAGCAGUUCCUGGAGAACUUGCUGGCCUUCAUGAGGCGUGGAAACAACAUGGGAAGCUUCCAUGGAAAAGACUUAUAAAGCCAGCUGAGUUUCUAGCACGUAGAGGGUUUAAAGUAUCACCAUUCCUCCACAUGCAGAUGGAAGCAUCAGAGUCAGAUAUAUUGGAAGACAAGGGUCUUCGUAGCAUAUUUGCACCAAAUGGAAAACUCUUGAAUAUAGGUGACAUUUGCUACAAUAACAAACUAGCUGAGACUCUCAGAACAAUAUCCGAGUCUGGUCCACAAGCCUUCUAUGAUGGAUUGAUUGGUCUUAAUUUAGUUAAAGAUGUUCAGAAUGCUGGAGGGAUAUUGAGCAUGAAAGACCUCAAAAGUUACACUGUUAAACAGAAGGAACCCAUAUCUAAUGAUGUUCUUGGACUAACGCUCCUUGGCAUGCCUCCCCCUUCAGGUGGGCAUCCAAUGAUGCUACUGCUGAACAUUCUAGAUCAAUAUAAGCUCCCUUCUGGCCUUUCUGGUGCCCUUGGCUUCCAUCGAGAAAUUGAAGCUUUGAAGCAUGUAUUUGCCGUGAGAAUGAAUCUUGGUGACCCUGAUUUUGUAAAUAUAACUGAGGUUCUUUCUGAUAUGCUUUCUCAUAGUUUUGCUAAAGUGUUGAAAAAUGACAUCAAUGAUAAUAAGACUUUUGGCCCCAGUCAUUACGGCGGCAGGUGGAAUCCGAUAAAUGAUCAUGGUACAAGUCAUUUAAGUAUAAUAGAUCCCGAGAGAAACGCCAUUGCCAUGACAUGCACUGUAAAUUCAUAUUUUGGUUCAAAGAUCCUUUCACCAAGUACAGGAAUAGUACUGAACAAUGAAAUGGAUGAUUUUUCCAUCCCUAGAAAUGUUACCAAGGAUGUUCCACCACCAGCUCCUGCCAAUUUCAUCAUGCCAGGAAAGCGGCCACUAUCAUCCAUGUCACCCACUAUUGUCCUUAAGGAUGGGAAGCUAAAAGCUGUAGUAGGUGCAAGUGGAGGUGGUUUCAUCAUUGGUGGAACUGCAGAAGUACUUUUGAAUCACUUCGUUAAAGGACUGAAUCCUUUUUCUUCUGUAACGGCUCCAAGGGUCUAUCAUCAGCUACUACCUAACGUGGUUAAUUAUGAGAAUUGGACAACUGUGUUCGGUGACCACUUUGAAGUUCCAGCUGAUAUCAGGAAAGCCCUUAAAAGUAAGGGUCAUGUCCUAAAGGGCCUUGCCGGUGGGACUAUUUGCCAAUUCAUUGUUUUAGACACUAUUGUGCCCUCCGAACAAAAUAAAGGGAUUGAAAACGAAACGCUUGUGGCAGUGAGUGAUCCAAGAAAGGGUGGUUUUCCUGCAGGCUUUUGAGAUAAUUCAUCUCAUCUAUGCAAGUUUUCUCCUUUACAUGAUUCUUACACUGCUUGCUGUAUUUCGUUAAUGGGAAUAAAAAAUCUAUACAAUUUGGCUUCUGGUUAUCUCAAAGUCUCUACAAGUUCAACUACCCUGCUUGUUCUCAUCUAUGCAAGUUUUCUCCUUUACAUGAUUCUUCUACUGCUAAUUGUAUUUAAAUUGAAUAAUGGGAAUGAAAAAUGUACACAAUUUUCUUCUGGUUA